CCGCGAGGCGGCUGCUGCUGGCAGGGCCGCGGCGCUUGCGGCUUGCGGCUUGCGCCGACAGAGGGCGCUUGUAGCGGCGCGCGGGGAGCGGCCGCGGUGGCCUGGCCGCCACAAGGUCGUCGAACCGACGAACCGAAACAGGAGAACCCAGCGUUGACCCAGCCGCGAGGCAGAAAAGGGCUUUCCCGGCCCAUAGUGUGGCCCAAUUACCUACGAGCCCAACACAGCCCGCGCCGCCUUCCAGCAGACUCCAGCAGAUUCGAUUACGCCUUCUCCUUGCCGAGCACAGCACGAACCAACCCGUCGUCGCCUUCCUCUCCGGCUCGCCGCCGCCUCCCCCUCACCGGCCUUCUCCGCGCCUCCUCCCACGCUCCGCCCGGCGCCAUGUCGGUGACGCUGCACACGAACCUGGGCGACAUCAAGUGCGAGGUGUUCUGCGACCAGGUGCCCCGCACGGCGGAGAACUUCCUGGCGCUCUGCGCCAGCGGCUACUACGACGGCACCGUCUUCCACCGCAACAUCAAGGGCUUCAUGAUCCAGGGCGGCGACCCCACCGGCACAGGCAAGGGCGGCACCUCCAUCUGGGGCACCAAGUUCGCCGACGAGUUCAGGGAGUCGCUCAAGCACAACGCGAGAGGGAUCAUGUCGAUGGCCAACAGCGGGCCCAACACCAACGGCAGCCAGUUCUUCAUCACCUACGCCAAGCAGCCGCACCUCAACGGCCACUACACCGUCUUCGCCAAGGUCAUCCAUGGCUUCGAGGUGCUGGACCUCAUGGAGAAAGCGCAGACAGGACCCGGGGACAGGCCGCUCGCCGAGAUCAGGCUCAACCGCGUCACCAUCCACGCCAACCCGCUCGCACUCUGAACUCAACUCCUGUCCUGGCUGCCUCAUCCAGAAGGAUCUGUUCAUGGUUAGACCUGCCUGAAUCUGGUUGGUUGUCGUCAACAUUGAUUUCCACUGCAAAUGCAACGGCAUGUAACUGCCUUGUGAAACAUCAAUUUGUAGCUGUCUAAUUUACUGAUGCCGUGACAUGUAACCUUUUGGGGAUUGGCUAGCUUUGUUUUGCCUGAUUUUUUGCUUCUGAAUCUGAACCAUCAAAACCUUAA